AAAAAAAAAAAAUUGCAGGACCAUAGUUGCAUUCAUUUCAAAAUUCAGAAAUCGAAAUUCCUCUGCCAGCAAAAAUGCAGGCAAUCACAUCAUCUUCCAGUAACACAGCCCUCAAAUCUCUCUUCGGAGACCACCAUCAUAAGCCCUUAGCCAGGGCAUCCAAGCCCUACAAUCCCAAUCACUACUGGAAUACAACACGCUUUAUAGUCCAAAGCAUCUCCCGCCCUGAAUCCUCCAACAACUUCGCUGGCGGCGAUGGCUCAGUCUCAGGUUCAGGUUCAGGCUCAGGCUCAGGCUCAGGCUCAGGUUCAACUAGACGCGCUGAUUGGCAGAGCUCUUGCGCCAUCCUUGCCAGCAAAGUCGCCUCUCAGCAGCCAAACAACGAGACAACCGGCAACGCCGAAAUCACUGCCGUUAACGGCCACAAAACUCUAGAUCUGGUACCUAUCGGUAAUCUCCCCAAGCCCUUGACCAUCACCGAUCUCUCCCCUGCCCCUUUACAUGGCUCCACGCUACGCGUAGCUUACCAAGGCGUCCCAGGCGCUUACAGCGAAGCUGCCGCCGGUAAAGCUUACCCCAACUGCGAAGCCAUUCCCUGCGACCAAUUCGAAGUGGCUUUCAGUGCGGUCGAGCUCUGGAUCGCUGACAGAGCCGUCCUCCCUGUAGAAAACUCUCUCGGCGGCAGCAUCCACCGGAACUACGACCUCCUCCUCCGCCACCGUCUCCACAUCGUCGGAGAAGUCCAACUUCCAGUUCAUCACUGCCUCUUAGCCUUACCUGGAGUAAGAAAAGAGUACUUGACACGUGUCAUCAGCCACCCACAAGCUCUAGCCCAGUGCGAGCACACCCUCACCAAGCUGGGCUUAAACGUAAUCCGUGAAGCCGUCGACGACACCGCCGGAGCGGCCGAAUACGUGGCGGCGAAAAACUUGAGAGACACGGGGGCGAUCGCAAGCACUCGGGCGGCGGAGCUGUACGGUAUGCAGAUCCUAGCCGAUGGGAUUCAAGAUGACUCGGGGAACGUGACCCGGUUUGUUAUGUUGGCUCGUGAACCAAUCAUUCCCCGGACGGACCGGCCAUUUAAGACCAGUAUCGUGUUCGCCCAUGAUAAAGGGACUUCGGUUCUGUUCAAGGUGUUAUCGGCUUUUGCGUUUAGGAACAUCAGUUUGACCAAGAUUGAGAGUAGACCACAUCGGAACCGUCCGAUUAGGCUGGUGGAUGAUGCAAAUGUUGGGACAGCGAAGCACUUUGAGUAUAUGUUUUAUGUUGAUUUUGAGGCAUCAAUGGCUGACGUGAGGGCUCAGAAUGCUUUGGCUGAAGUUCAGGAGUUCACGUCGUUUCUUAGGGUGUUGGGGAGUUAUCCUAUGGAUAUGACCCCUUGUUCCCCUUCUCGUUCAGAUUCCAUUUGAUUGGAUUGGAUGGUUUUUAUAUUUUUUAUUUUAUAUAAAUUUCUUUUUUUUUUUUGGCAAGAAAAUAUGGGAAACGAAUCCACCAACAAGGAGGUGGAUUGGAUUUGGUGAGACCGUGGGAGACCUUUUUCUCUUACAUUCUAAUUUUAUUUUAAUUUAUUUAAUUUUCUGUAUUAAAAAAAAUAAUAAUAAUAAAAGUGGGGAUUAAUUGAGAAAAAA